UCUCCAUUGCACCAUCAAAGUAGCUUCUCUUCUCUUCUCUUAACAACAUGGCUUACAUUUCCUUGCUUUCUCUUAGUCUUGGCUUUCUUGUUCUCUUCCAUGGUUGUAUUGCUCAAAUGGAGCAAGUAACUUCGCCGCCUAGCCAGCAAAAAAGGCAACUGCGGCAAGACCAAUGUCAACUCAGACGUAUAACUUCUGCCGAGCCCUCUCGUAGGUUCCAGUCAGAGGCAGGUGUCACAGAGAUUUGGGAUGAGAAUGAUGAACAGUUCCAUUGCGUUGGUGUUGUAGCUAUGCGCCAUACAAUUCAAGCAAGAGGCUUAUUGUUGCCUCAAUAUGUCAAUGGACCUAGGCUUAUAUACGUACUCCAAGGUAAUGGUGUUCAGGGAUCUGUAUUCCCAGGUUGUCCUGAGACAUAUCAGUCACCAUCUCAAUCACAUUCAGCCCAAGGAUCUAGCCAGAGAGACCAGCACCAAAAGGUUCGACAAAUACAUGAAGGUGAUGUCAUUGCUUUGCCUGCUGGAGUAGCUCAAUGGGUUUACAACAAUGGUCGAUCUUCUCUUAUUCUUCUACAAAUCAUUGACACUAGCAAUCCUGCCAAUCAGCUCGAUCAGAAUCACAGAGAUUUCUUCCUUGCUGGCAACCCGCAACAACAAUUACAGAGUCAAAGAGGCCAGAGAAGGCAGAGCCGAGGGGGCCAAAGCACAAGGGGCCGAGAAGAAAGAUCUGGCAAUGUCUUUUCAGGCUUUGAUGAGCGACUGAUAUCAGAAGCUUUCAACAUCGAUACCGAGCUUGCAAGGAAGAUGAGGGGAAAAAGUGAUAACAGAGGCAUAAUUGUGAGUGUUGAACAAGAUCUUGAGAUGCUAACCCCACAACGAAGCCAAGAAGAAGAACGAUAUCAACGAGAAGAAGCAUCUGAGGAGAGAGGUGGAAGGACAUACAAUGGCUUGGAGGAAACUUUCUGCAACGCUAGACUCGAAUACAAUAUCAACGAUCCAUCACAAGCUGACACUUACAACCCAAAUGCUGGUCGUCUCACCACCAUCAAUAGCAACAGCCUUCCGAUCCUCGCAUAUCUCCGGCUCAGUGUUCAAAAGGGCAUCCUCUACAGUAAUGCCAUGAUGACACCACACUGGAACCUGAAUGCCCACACCAUAUGUUACAUUACUAGAGGAAGUGGUCGUGUCCAGAUUAUUAAUGACCAUGGAGAGACAAUGUUAGAUGGGCAAGUCAGGGAGGGUCAGAUACUAACAAUCCCACAAAACUUUGUGGCAAUGUCUAAGGCAAGCAAUGAAGGCCUCGAGUGGGUAUCCUUCAAGACUAAUGACAAUCCAAAAAUGAGCCAGAUAGCAGGAUCCGUCUCUGUAAUCAAGUCCAUGCCAGAAAAAGUGAUAGCAAAUGCAUUUCAGGUUUCCAGGGAGGAUGCUAGGAGGCUUAAGGAGAAUAGACGGGAAAUCAUGAUGUUAAGUCCCAGUUCUAGGUCCAGAUACUGAAGGAGCUUGUAACAUAACUAGCAAAUCUUCAAUGUUUUGUAAUAAUAAAAUGCACUGUGCGCCUACCUAGAGCCUACAUGUAUUCAGAAAUUAAGUCCUGUUGGCCAUGAGGAGCUAGGGACUAUUCUUAGUUCCAAGAAUAUGUGUAUAUUUCUUGCACAAGAAAUGAAAGUCUAACUAGCAUUGAGUGAAACAAA